GAGAUGGGCAUCGAGAUAGAAAAACACAAAGCACAAAACAGGAGACUAGGCUAACAAUGGUGAGAAAGCAGCAUUUUGUCUUAGUCCACGGAGCCUGCCAUGGAGCCUGGUGCUGGUACAAGCUUGUGAGCCUACUCAAAACGCCCGGUCAUCAAGUCACUGCCUUGGACCUUGGUGCUUCCGGAGUUGAUCCCAAGCGGCUCGAAGAAAUCACUUGUAUUUCAGAUUACUUGCAGCCUUUGAUGGAUUUCUUGGCCUCUCUCCCUCAACCUGGGAAGGUCGUUCUUGUUGGUCACAGCUAUGCCGGUCUCUGUAUAUCUCUAGCCAUGGAAAGAUUUCCCAACAAAAUUGCAGUUGCAGUUUUUAUUGCAGCCUAUAUGCCUCGUCAUAGCUCUCCACCAGGGACUCUCAUACAGGAAUACUUUAAAAGCAUCCCAGUGGAAUCUUUAAUGGACUGCCAGUUCACAUUCGAAAAAGGCCUGGAGAAACCACCAACUCGGGUACUCUUCGGUCCAGAAUUCAUGGAGGCCAAAGCUUAUCAACACUGCCAAUUGGAGGAUUUGGAGUUGGCCAAAAUGUUGGUCAGACCGAGUGGGCUGUUCUUGGAGGACUUGGUCACGGGGAAUUUAUUAACACAAGAAAAAUUCGGGUCGGUGGAUCGAGCUUUCAUUGUAUUAGAAGAAGAUGAAGUGAUGAUGGAAGAGUUCCAGCGAUUGAUGAUCGAGAACUGUCCAGCCAAAGAAGUGAAGGUCAUUAAUGGCGCCGGCCACAUGGCCAUGCUUUCCAAGCCCAAACAGCUUUGCCAGCUUUUACAAGAGAUCGCAGAGAAAUUCUGUUGAUUCAUAUGUUAGCCAAUAUUGCCAUUUAUGCUAAUUAAGGAUAUAAAACCUUCUUGAUUUCUUUUGUGUUUUUGGUAAAACAUAUUUUGUUCGUACGAUUAAAAUUCAUGUGGAAUCUAACUAAAGAUGAUAUCCUUAAUUUAA